AUGUAUAUCAGCGUGAGUCCCAGCCGCCUCUCAGUAGUAGGUGAAAGUGCGUUGCGUGAGGAAGACUUCUCGCGCUCGUCUGUCACUUUAGGUCGCUGCGUUGGUGCUGGUGUCGAGACUCUCGUGGUGAGCACUGUGUACCGGUGUUUUAAGGCUCUCCCUCCGUCGGGGAACUUCUUCAUCUCGCCCUUCAGCGUCUGGAGCGCCCUCGUCCUCGCCUACUUCGGCUCCCGAGGCAACACGAAGGCGGAGCUGGAGCAGGUUCUGCGGCUCACCAACAGGGAGGACACGCUCGCCCUGUUCAGGGCCCUCGAACGGCGCUAUGACUCCCAAGAAGCAAACCAGAACUACACCAUCAACUCGGCUAACAGGAUAUACUUCGACCAGUCCAUUCCCGUCCGAGAAUGCGUGGGAAAAGUCCUCGACGACCAAGUGAAGUUCACAGACUUUAAUAGGCCCGACGCCGCCGCUGCUGACAUCAAUGCCUUCAUCAACGCCGAAACGCGAGGAAAAAUACCAAAGCUUAUAGAAUGGACGCUAAAAUGGUCUUAA